AUGGGGACAAGGUUUGUUGGGAAGGUGCCAGUGUAAAUGAGCUCAUAAAGAUUAGAUGUUGCGCUGAGUAGCUUUAGGUUGAUGCAUGGUUGAAUGUAGCGUAACCGUGGAAUUUGGCUUAAUUUGCCUCCUAGACACAGGAAGAGUGUUGGAGCCGAGAAAGGACCGGGGUGCCGAGAGAAUCAGUGCUAAGCUAAUUGUGAGAUUAGGUGGGAUCAGAUCAACUCCUCGAUAUUACGUAAUAAUGAGUUCAAAGAGAGUCUGCUUGAAGCUCAGCUUUCUUGUGGUAUCUAGCCAUUUUUCUACACCAAAUAACUUUUGCAGUAUCUAAAUAAGCGACCUUUUCCGUACGUAUCAGCCCUCUCCCGCCCGAGUAGGAACUUCUCUCUGUCCAUCUAGAAGGUAAUAGGCCAAGCCCUGCAAAACUUGUGCUUGAAUUCCGUACAGUCCACUCCUUUAUCUACUACUAAUUGCUAGGUCGUUUGCAUUUUUUUUUUUUGGGUCUCCAAUAAUUUGUGGUAAGAGCAGAAGUUUUCUUGAAAUCUGUUAUGUGUUAGGGAGGCUCUAGUUAUUGUUCUCUCAAUCUGUGGCUACCGGCUCUCCUCUCCUCGGCUUGCAGGUUAUCAUAGUAGGCGCACAAUUUUGCUUGAGGAUCAAGAAAGUUAAGAAUUUUAACUUUCAGGGGGUAAUCAUACGUGCUUCCUCUCCCUAGCGGGUAAUCUGGUUCGAAGGUUCAAACUAGAACCGAGUAAGCAAGAGGACUAGGGAAGGAAAGCUAGCAGCGAAUAACUGUGUUUUUUCUUGUGUUUCCCUGUCCAAUCUCCACUGGAUGGUGUCUAGCACUUGAAAUUUUUUUCACUGAAGUAUUCCAGAUCAAGACUGUAUCACAUAACCAAGAAAAUUUUUUGCUGUUGUAUGGGUCGGAUGAAUUAUCUAAUUUCCAUAUCCUUUGUUGUCCGAUAUACUCUGGAAUUGUGGUGGAGUGAUGAAAUCUGCGGUCUAUCUGCGUAACCAUUUCUUCUUGUGGUUUGAAGCCCUCUGCGACUCUGUCCUUGUUAUCAUCAAGCUGCAACUGCAAGCGAAGGAGGAGAGUCUUCCUGCUGGAUUUGUUUCGUACGUACACUUCAUGAUCUGGUCGUGAUGACCACUUAUCAUCGCCCGCAUCGCUUGCUCCUGGGAACUCAACCUGAUUCACCCCCAAGAAACGAAAGCAGAACGCACAAUGGAUAUACAAGCGAGACAAAAUUUGACACCAAUAUGGUCAUCAUUCUGGCAGCUCUGCUGUGUGCAUUGAUAUGUGCUCUUGGACUAAAUUCAAUCGUGAGAUGUGCCUUGAGGUGCAGCCGAAGGUUUGCUUUGGAGUCACCGGACGAGACAGCUGCACGCCUGGCUGCAACCGGACUGAAGAAAAGCAUGCUACGGCGGAUACCGGUAGCAGAAUACGGGACCGGAGUCGUUCUACCGGCAACAGACUGUCCAAUAUGCCUAGGGGAAUUUGAGGAUGGGGAGAAGGUAAGAGUGCUGCCAAGGUGUCACCAUGGUUUUCAUGUGAGGUGUAUUGACAUUUGGUUGGCCUCACACUCUUCUUGUCCUACGUGUCGGCAAUCGUUGUUGGAGCAGCAGCCCUCGUGCCCUGAUGAUGCUACGGAUACUGAGGCUCUAAGGCUGCCUGCAAAUGGAUCGGGAGGUCAUGCUGAUGUAUCCGUCUCUGCUGAGGAGGUAGGGUGAAUGCAAUUUAUUUUAUUUAGGUAAACAUUUAAGGAAGGAAAUUGUGCAAGGAUGGAAGGUUGAAACGUCCUUUUCCUAGUCUUGGUUGUCAAUCUAGCCCCUUAUUCUGCAUGAAAAAGAAUCCUUUUUGUACCAUUGUUGUCCGAGAAUUUUAUAGUAAUUUUGAGGGCUGAGACAUGACUGCGACGACUGCUCUCUUUUUCUGGAUUACCACGCAUAAGGAGUGAUGGAAUGAUUUUACGCUUUAAUUAAAUUGGAGGAUUCUUGAUUUUCUGUUGUCA